GACGAUCUUUGUUGGCAUUUUUUUCCUCUGACGCGGCUGGCUGGUUGGCUGUCACGUAAAACUGGCAUCUCUCCUCCGGGUCGAAAAUCCUUUCUGACGAACAGUGAUGCCUUCCAGAAGCCAGUAUUAACAAGGCCACUCCCCGUUAGCCUGCGUGAACCUCUGUGUCGUCGUUGUGCUGAGUCCGCCGUCAGUCUGGAUGAGAAGAGAUGAGCCUCUGCGGUCCUAGAAGCCGUCACCAUGAGCAUGAAGAACCUGGGCGGAGCCUUGGGGGACUCACUAGGCUCUAGCCUGGCGGUGCGGAUGAGUGGGGCGGCUGGCGGAUGGAGCGCUCUCUCCCUGAAACCCGUGGCCCCGGUGCGCAUCGGCUCCAUUUUUCAGACCAUGGUUCCCACUGGCUACACCAAGCUGCAGGAGGAUCGAUUAGCCAUGGUGGACCUGGGGGCGAAACCCGAGGCCGGCUCGCUGCAGAACGGCUACAGACAGGAGGCGACUCACAUGGAGGGCCGGCGGAUCGUGGAGCGGGCCUCCCGCUCCUCCAUAACUCUGUCGGACUGUGGAGAAGGGGGCUGCGCUGAGACAGAGCCCAUGCUGGCAGAGUGGAGACUCUCCGGGGACGACGCCAGUGACAAGGAGGUAGAGGAGGAUACGGUAGAGGCGCCGGGGGAAGAGGGGUCCAAUAUGCCCAAGGAGUCGCCGCUGGCCAUGGCUUUGCAGAUACUGGUGCCUUUUCUCUUGGCUGGCUUUGGAACAGUGUCAGCUGGAAUGGUGCUGGAUAUUGUUCAGCACUGGGAGGCCUUCCGGUUCAUCACAGAGAUCUUCAUCCUGGUUCCUGCUCUGCUGGGCCUGAAGGGGAACCUGGAGAUGACUCUGGCCUCCAGGCUGUCCACAGCUGUAAAUGUAGGGAAGAUGGACUCUCCCAUAGAGAAGUGGAACCUAAUCAUCGGCAACCUGGCACUGAAGCAGGUCCAGGCCACAGUGGUGGGGUUCCUGGCAGCUGUAGCAGCCGUCGUGCUCGGUUGGAUCCCAGAGGGGAAGUUUCAGAUGAGCCAUGCUGUUUUGCUCUGCUCAAGCAGCGUGGCCACGGCCUUCAUAGCCUCCCUGCUGCAAGGUAUCCUCAUGGUCGGGGUAAUUGUGGGGUCGAAAAAGACCGGCAUCAACCCGGACAACGUAGCCACACCCAUCGCUGCCAGUUUUGGUGACCUCAUAACUCUGGCCAUCCUGGCCUGGAUAAGCCAAGGCCUCUACAAAUGUCUGGACUCCUAUCCUUACGUAUCAUCGUUGGUUUGCGCCUUCUUUAUGUGUCUGACUCCUCUGUGGAUCAUCAUUUCCUCCAAGCACCCGGCCAGCCGCACGCUGCUGUACUCCGGAUGGGAGCCAGUCAUCACUGCCAUGGUCAUCAGCAGUAUCGGAGGACUCAUUCUGGGCAAAACGGUGUCUGACCCUAACCUAGCUGGCAUUGUAGUAUACACCCCAGUUAUCAACGGUAUUGGAGGAAACUUGGUGGCCAUCCAGGCCAGCAGGAUUUCUACCCACCUGCAUUUCCACUGCGCUCCGGGAGAAGUUCCUGACGAGGCCAAGGGCUGCUACUACCCCUGCCGCACAUUCUGUGGCACAGGAGCAAAUCAUCGCUCAGCUCAGGUUCUGCUGCUUCUGGGGAUCCCCGGCCACCUGAUCUUCCUCUACACCAUCCACCUGAUGAAAAGCGGCCACACCACACUCACCCCCAUCUUCAUGUCCGUUUACCUGGCUGCUGCUCUGCUGCAGGUGCUGCUGCUGCUGUCCAUAGCAGACUGGAUGGUUCACUCCAUGUGGCGCAGUGGCAAAGACCCCGACAGCUUCUCCAUCCCCUACCUGACGGCUCUGGGGGACCUGCUGGGCACGGCGCUGCUGGCGCUCAGCUUCCACUUCCUGUGGCUCAUCGGAGACCAGGACAGCGACGUAGGGGACUGAGCCAGCCGCUACAGCUGGAACACCCAGCUCUAGCGCCCUCUAGCGCCCUCUUGCUCUGAUGGAACCCGGUUCGUUCUCUCACGGCCGCUUCACAUUAUGGGUGUAACUUUGUCCACAAGUUGGGAUACAGACUCACUUCCUCUUCUGCCUUGUUUUCUUACAUGUAGAAGGCUUCAUACUCUUAACUUAAGACUCAGAUUUUUGUUGGGUUUUUUGCAGCCAUUCUGAUCUGCAUCUUUUGUACCAAAGCAUUUGAGUUUUAUUUUUGCUAGUUGUGUCGAGAGGAGAACGAAAACAUGGCCUCCUUCUCAUCGAGGAACUGGAAAUAUUUUGCAAAUUUUGGGAACUUUUUUCACACAAGUAAUCCCAAAACAAACUCCCUAUGAAAAGCCAAGACCGCAACGGCCGAAUGAGAAAGAGAACUUUAAAGCAGCGACUGUGACCGAAUCGGCUGAAACCGGAACAGCCAGCUAACAUCCUCUAUUCAGCCUGUUUUAGCACACACACACACACACACACACACACACACGCGCACACACACACACACACACACACACACACACACACACACACACACACACACACACACACACACACCUCUGUUCCCACAGGUUCAUUCCGCCUUCAUCGCAUGGGUCCUGACAUCAAGGUUUGCGAAUGUUUUAAAGAGUCCCUCCUCCACCUGUUGCUGAGCAACUGCUGGUCAGCUGGCUGAAUGAAUAUUUUUCUCACAUUUGCAAAAACAGCAGAAUUAUGCAGUUUAAUAUUUCUGCUUACGGAAGAGGAAAGUUAGUGACCCCAAACAUCUUUUUGGUAACACAUGGUACUUUUACUGAAGGUUCUCAUGAUGCCUUGUGAAAUAACACCUCUGUUCAAAUAAAUAUUUCAUUUAUUAUCACAUUAUUAAUCAUUAGCAUAUGUAGCAAUCAGAUGAAGAAGAAAUAAAAAGCUGUUUGUCUGUAAAUUUCUGUUUAUGCUUUAAAUUUCAUUAAUUAUAUUCUAUAUUUUAUUUUUUGUCAGUUUUAUAAACCUUACAGUCUCUGUUAUUAAAUUGUGUGUUCUUGUUUUGUGUCUAAGCAGGAAGAGGAAAUACUCUAGUUUCUGUUUGGAUGUUUGGAUGCCAGUUCACCCCUUCGCCAGUUUAGACAUCCUUAUUAAUAAAAUCUAAAUUCAUUUCAGUUGGUUGGUUGGUAUUUUUGAAUAGUGCAGCUACAUAGUUGUACAAAAAGCUCAAAUUUGGUGUAGUUUCAAACUGGAUAUUAUUCUCUAGAGAUGCACCGAUUGUUUUUUCCUGGCCCAUCACCGAUCUUUAAAAAGUCUGACCUUUGAUUUUGGCCUAUACCAAUUUAUUAUUUUUAUUUGUAAAGUUGCUAAAUAUAGCGACAGUCGCAACAGCCGUUGCCUGGUGUCACAGUAGAGCAACAUGGACAGUAGCUGAUUUUUAGAUCUGUGCAAAGGUGGAUAAUAUCGGUUUCUCGUGUAUCGACUGAUCUCCCAAAAUUAAGAAAAUCAGGUCCGAUUGAUCAGUUCACUCCCCAUUCCAUUGAUUUUUGUUCUGACCCUCUUUUGGCUCUAAGCCGCUUUUGUGAAAUUAUAAACCCUGGUGGAACCAAAAUCACAUAAGACAUUUAUUGACGCGACAUAACCAUAUUUCUUUACAGUUGACCUCAAGUAGGUUAUAGAAGAUAAAUAGCAUCUGUGUCAAAACAAAAUGGCGAAGGGGCAAACUGAGCGUCCCCUAUGGCGGUUACGUUGCUGUUUCCACGGUGUUUACUUGCAUACCAGCAAACAGCCGUUUUUAUUCAGCAUAACCUGACUUAGCAGCAGUUUUGUGUUCUGUUCUCGUUUCCCAGGUGAGUUCCAUCUGAAGGCUCUUCAGUGGAGCUCACCUUUUUCAGGGAGCUGAUUCUAGGUGACAGCUGCCACAGCAGCAGCAGACCUGAGGCUUCUACAACACGAUCAGAGGCGCUCUCAAGUUUACACAGCCUGCUGAAAUGACUGCUGGAAAGAUGUAAAGGAAAUGGCAACAUAAUUUUUGACAUAAUUUGACUUUCAUGUUGCAGAAAUCAGCUAAAUCUGCUGGAUUUAUUUCUGCAGUCUGCACGUCCGCUUGGUCUCACUGUGAAGCUGAAAAAUCAAACCCAUCUUCAGCCGUCUAGCAGACAGAAGUGGUAUUUGGAGCGGUUUGUAAUUUUAUCUGCCUUCACAAAUACUCAGUUCCAUCUGAAGAAAAGUAACCCAAGAGCAGGACACUGUCACCACUUUGCUUCACUUUUUUUGUGUGUGUGUGUUGAUUUUACUAAUCAGAUUUCAGGGUUUUUUCUCUUUUUUGUUUGUUUAGUUGUGCAAAGAAAGUAUUGAAAAAGUUUUAGAGGAUUCAUCAGGGUGUCAUGUUACUACAUCACAGAAAGCAGCCAUCUUAGCAGGUGUGUCUGAGCUGCUGUGUUCAUAAGAGCCUCUCCUCCUCCAUGUGCCUCUAGAGAUUCACUAGCAUGGUGUUCUCACUGCUGUCAAUGCAAGUUUCUUUCUACUGCUUUUACUUUGUUUCAAAUGACACACCCACUAUUGGGAGUGAAAUAUGUUGAGUUAUUGGUUACAAUGAUUUUCUUUCUCUUUUUUAUUUUGGAAUGAUUAAUACAACUGUGCAAUCUUGUUCUCUCUUCUAGCUCAUAUGGACCUAAAUAAAUGUUACUAAUUUGAAAAGUGAA